AGUACGGGAAGGCCACCUGGAGUCUGAGGAAGCUUAUUUCGGAGUCUGAACAAUGGAUUCGCCUGCAUAUGUUGUAUUGGUCAUUGCCCUUCGCGCCCAGUACAUAAAAGGUCUUCAGGGCCAGCGUUACCCAGCUAAGCAAGCGCCCUCUGUUUCCCAUCUCAGCUGUGUCCAGGCACAGCUCUCUUCUCAAUCCGUUCUAGAAAGUCGAUCACUUUCACGAUGGCAAUGACUCCUCUGCUUACGGCCCUCGCUUUUUUCCUCGCCGGUGCCCACGGCUCGCCCUGGCCCUCAGGUGCCCCGUCGCCCACAGGAGUCAUGUCACCCCCCACGCAAGCGACACACUUGCCUUCUACUAGCUACCGCACCAUGAUUGAUAUGUGCGGGGCUUUCAAAAGCGCCGGCAUGCAGAUUAGCUGCGCUUCGACUGCGACCGCCACGGCAACAACGUAUACUCCCCCCACCUGGCAUGAGUCAGUACCACUACCUAGCUCAAGCUCGGGAUUGAUAGCUCGCCGUGUCAAACCGCGCAAUGGGACCCCGAUUAUGUCUACACCCCCGCAUCCCUUCUCGUACCACGGACCGGCUCCGACUGGCACGUAUACUCGCCCUAGCUGGCAUGUGCCAGUACCAUUACCUAGCUCAAGCUCGGGAUUGAUGGCUCGCCGUGUCAAGCCACGCGAUGGAACCCCUACUUCGUCCAUAGUCCCACAACCCUUCUCGUACGACGGGCCGGCUCCGACCGGCGGCCCUGGGCACCAUAUUUGUGAUCAGAUUCGGCCGGCCUGUUUGGAUGAGCAGGGUAAUCCGAAGGAUUUCGAGAUAUUUCCUUGCUACUUGGUUGCAGCUAUGAGCGAGCCCACCAGCACCUACAGCUGGCCUUCCCUGAGUGGGGUUCAUUAUGCCGAGGCCACCUACACCUAGGCCGCUCACAGAGUUUUCAGCCCUAAGAGCUCAGCAGGAAGGAGUUGGGAAUCAGUACGAUUCGAGCCAUCGUAGCCAUCGUAGCUCGAGCGGGUCUUUGCUGCUGUGGGGUCUGUCGUGCCACCUAGAAUGCAGGUAUGGCGGACAAGACUAUGUUACGUUUCAUAGCUUAAUCAUGGCGUUAGCCUUUCUUACCCUAAUUCUAUCAUGUUCUACCGGGUAUUCUGUAUUCCUCUUAUCGUCCCAUCAUGUGCAUUGUGGCG